AGAUCCUCUCUCAUUCAGUGCUGAGCGGUGGUGGUUGUCGGGUCGAGCGAGAGAGCGAGAGAGCGAGCGAGCGAUGACUGCCCAAGGUUAAGAGGAGGAGGUGGGGGGCAGCCGCGCCUUGAGCACAACGACAACACGGGACGCGCCUGUACCGGGUAGGAGACGACGGCGACGACGACAAACUCUUGUUUCAAACGGGGAGCGGCUGUUACAAAUUCAAAUUCCAUAACCCACUACUCCCUCCUCCAGCCCGGCACGCCUCUCACCACCACCACCCACCAUCACCACCCACCACCACCACCGCCGUCUUCUUCUUCUUCUCGAGUUCGCUUCGACCGAUGCUCGGGGACCCAAGCAGCCAGCCCUGGACGAGGUGAUGGUUCCACCGCUCCCGUCGGCAUAGCGACGCCGCAGCGGGGGUGCGGGGAGGCAGCGCUCGCGCGUCCCGGCCACACAAUGGGGGACGUCGCCGGCGAGAAGAACAGCGGAGCGUGCGCGCUCUUCGACCGCUUCGUGCAGGCGGGCACCUGCAAGGGCACGCUGCGCGCCUACCAGGACCUGUGCGAGCUCGUGGACCUCAAGCCCAGUGACUUCAGGACCUUCUACCCCAAGCUCAAGUCAAAGCUCAAUUACUGGAAGGCCAAGGGCCUGUGGAGCAAGAUCGACAAGCGGGCCGCGCACAAGGACUACAAGAAGGGCAAGCAGUGCAGCAAUGUGAAGUGUCUGAUAAUCGGCGCUGGGCCUUGUGGCCUGCGCUCGGCCAUCGAGCUGGCCUUGCUGGGGGCCAAGGUGGUGGUCGUUGAGAAGCGAGAUGCCUUCUCCCGCAACAACGUGCUGCAUCUGUGGCCCUACACCAUCCACGACCUCAAGGCUCUCGGCGCCAAGAAGUUCCACGGCAAAUUUUGCGCCGGUGCCAUCGAUCACAUCAGCAUCCGCCAGCUGCAGCUCAUCCUGCUGAAAGUUUCCCUCCUCCUGGGUGUGGAAAUUCACGUCAAUGUGGAGUUCAAGGGCAUUAUGGAGCCACCUGAGGACCAGGAGAAUGAUCGGAUCGGAUGGAGGGCAGAGAUUGUUCCCAACACACAUCCCGUCGCUGAGUACGAGUUUGACGUCAUCAUCGGGGCUGACGGACAUCGCAAUACGUUGCAAGGCUUCCGGAGGAAGGAGUUCCGGGGGAAGCUGGCAAUCGCCAUCACGGCAAACUUCAUCAACCGCAACACGACAGCCGAGGCGAAGGUAGAGGAGCUCAGUGGCGUCGCCUUCAUCUUCAACCAGAAGUUCUUCACUGACCUCAGGGCCUCCAAGGGUAUUGACUUGGAGAACAUUGUGUACUAUAAGGAUGACACGCACUACUUUGUCAUGACGGCCAAGAAGCAGAGCCUCCUGGAGAAGGGAGUCAUCUUACAGGACUACCCCGACACGGAGAUGCUGCUUUCCCGUGAGAACGUCGACCAGGAGGCACUGCAGGAGUACGCGCGCGGCGCCGCCGACUUCUCCACCAACCACCAGCUGCCCUCGCUCGACUUUGCCAUCAACCACUACGGGCAGCCCGAUGUCGCCAUGUUCGACUUCACGUGCAUGUACGCGUCGGAGAACGCGGCCCUCGUGCGCGAGCGUCACGGCCACCGGCUGCUCGUCGCCCUCGUCGGUGACAGCCUGCUGGAGCCUUUCUGGCCGAUGGGCACAGGCUGUGCCCGAGGGUUUCUUGCUGCAUUCGAUUCCGCCUGGAUGAUCCGAAGUUGGGCCCAGGGCACCCCACCACUGGAGGUUUUAGCUGAAAGAGAAAGUAUUUAUCGACUCUUGCCUCAAACAACGCCUGAGAACAUAAACAAGAACUUCAGCCAGUACAGCAUCGAUCCCACCACGCGCUACCCCAACGUCAACCUGAACUUCCUGCGAGCCAGCCAGGUGCGGCACCUGUACGACACGGGCGAGGCGCGGGAGACCGCUAUGGACGUGGAAAGUUCGCUGGGGGCCGAUUCUCGGCUCACGAGGCACGACUCGAUCGUGCGCUCCAGCAAGCUGCUGAACUGGUGCCAGCGGCAGACCGAGGGCUACCGCAGCGUGCGCGUCGUCGACUUCACCGGCUCGUGGAAGAGUGGCCUGGCCCUCUGCGCCAUCAUCCACCGCUACCGGCCCGACCUCAUUGACUUUGACUCCCUGGAUGAACGCAACGUCGCUGGGAACAACCAGCUGGCUUUCGACGUGGCGGAGCGCGAGUUCGGCAUCUCCCCCAUCAUCACGGGGCAGGAGGUGGCGGGUGUGGCCGACCCUGACAAGCUCAGCAUGGUCAUGUACCUCUCGCAGUUCUACGAGAUGUUCCGUGACACGCUACCCCCCGCUGAGUACAACAAGCUCAUGGGUGAGGAUGACAGGUCGGCGGCACUGCUCUCCACCAAGUCUCCCAUCUCCUUCCUGAGCAAGCUGGGCCAGACAAUCUCCCGCAAGCGCACGCCACGGGACAAGAAGGAGAAGGAGGUUGAUGGGCUCGGCAAACGACGCAGAACGGGACAAAAGGCGUCCGAUGAGGAGGAGAUGCAGGCCAGGCGGGAGGACCGUUGGGGGGUUGGCAACGGAGAGAGACGUGCCGACGCGGUGUCCGGAAAUCAGAACAAAGUCAAGUCCAUGGCCAACCAGCUCCUGGCCAAGUUUGAGGAGAAUGCUCCACUGCAGUCAAACCUCAAGCGACAGAGCAUAAUGCUGCCCUACAUGGAGCGCGUAGCUCCGCCUCCUUCCACUCGGCGCAAGGAGCUAUCUCGGGCAAACUCUCUGCCUGUGUGCCAUCAGGGCAUCUAUGCCCGGGCUCCUCGCGUUUGUCCCAAGAAAAUCAUCAUGCUGGGCACCUCCCCCGCCGCCACUCCUCCCGAGGCUCGGAGCCAGAAACUGAGUAAAUACUUUCUCAGAAAGUGGGAAAAGGACUUCAAAAGGAGUGAGAAGACAAGGCCGCACGAGCAGCUGCCUGCCGUGAUUAGCCCUUACGAUCAGCUGCCUGCCGAGCAGCAGCCCAGCAUCAGCGAGCGCGCAUCUCACCUGGCCGCCCUCUUCCAGGGGCAGUCGGACAAGUCGCAGUCGUACAUUCGGAUGUACUCGACGGGCGUUAGCGAGAGGGCGGCACAGCUUGUUAGCCAGAUGCAGCCCGCUGGGCCCAGGCCCCUCCUAGACAAAAGGGAGCUGAAGCACUUGGGCUCCCUGCGGAAGGAGUUUCCCCAGAAUCUGGGUGGUAGCGACACGUGCUACUUCUGCGGGCGGCGAGUCUACGUGAUGGAGCGUCUGAGCGCUGAGGGGAAGUUCUUCCACCGCGGCUGCUUCAAGUGCAACUACUGCGAUGUCACAUUACGCCUGGGAGCAUUCGCAUUCGACGUGGAAGACGGAAAAUUUUACUGCAAGCCUCACUACUGCUACCGCCUGUCAGGGUUCAUGCAGAGGAAGAUGCAGCGCAAUGAGAUGGCCCUUGACGUGGAGGUUGGAGACGAGGAGGAGAAGCCUCCGACGCGUUCACCCUCCUCCUCGCAGCCAGCGCCGCGCUCGCCGCUCCGCGAACCGGUCCCCGGCUCCCCAAACCGAGACGCCCUUCUCCUCUCCGGCUCCGCCGCAGCGAUGGCAGCACUCGCCAGCGUUUCCAGCGCGGGCACCGCAGGCGCAUCGGCGCUCCAGCCAGCGGGCGCAGCGGCAACGGCAGCAUUGGAGGAGGACGACGCCGCUGGCGGUAGUAGCAGCAGCACCGGUGGCGGUGGCAGCGUGCCCAAGCGCACGUGGGUGACGCCCGAACGCAUCGAGCUGGAGAGCGGGCGACUGUCGGCACGGCUCGUGGAGCUGGUGGAGGUGCCCGAGGAGACGCUGGCACAGCACAACCUGAGCGGGACGCUGGAGCGCUACGCCGACAUGGGUUUGGGUCUCGGAGACGAAGAGAGCAGCUCCGAUUCAGACCUGUCGGGGGGAGAGCCGGACUGCGACGAAGAUGUCGAUGACGUGCCGCUGGGAGCGUCCGCCGGCCCAGCCCGCGGCUCGGCGUGGAGUAGCCCCCCACGGCUGGACCGCACCCCCUCGCCUGAGCCCCUCGAGUGGAAGGCGAAUCCCUUGGUUGACGUCCGCGUGGCGCCAUCAGAUGAGGCGGCCGGCCCGUGGGGUGGCGGGUUCCCGACGGCGGCCACCACCGCCGCCACCGCCGCCAGUUACACCGACGAUCGAUGGAGGGAGAUGACAAAACAAGGCCCCACCUCCCCGACCGCCGGCGUGUGGGCCGACGCGGCACGGGAGAGAGCGGUGCCACCGGCUACCUCGGUGGAGAACGAUGCCGCGAAGCCUCCCUCGGAGGCGAAUGGCACAGCAGUGGCUGGGGGUUCCGCUGAACCAAAGCCCAAUGGUGGAGCCUUGGAGCCCUCAAACUCGAGAGAGAGGUGUCUGCGGUUGAGUGUGGAGACGGAGGAUCAGGAGGAGGAGGAGGAGGAAGAAGAGGCGGAAGAGGAGGGUUUUAGCGACGAUGAUUCUGGGUCGGACCUGGGCGGCAUGCCGUGGAAGGAGGCUGUGAAGCGGCACGAGAUCCUGCGGGGACGCACAGCGGAGGAGGCGGAGCGCGAGGCCCAGCGGCUCGCGGAGGAAGAGGCGCGAAAUCUAGCCGAGGCCGGUGAGGCGAUUGCGCUGGGGCUGGUGGACGGUUACGAGGACGGAGAUGAGGAGUACGACGACGACGAGGAGGAGGAGGAGGAAGAAGAGGAGGGAGAUGAGGAGGACGAAUCGAGCGAUGAGGGAGAGUAUUACCCCUGGGAGAGGGAGUUGCAAUCCGGCCGGUGGUGGUGUCUGCAGAGCCCUGAGCGUGACCUAACCAGUGCAGUUUCCCGACUGAAGCUAAGGGAUAAGGCGAAGCCGACACCAGUGCUAGAUGUUCAGGCACCUUUGUCCGCAAAGCCGCCCAUCCCGGGGUCCUUGCAGGCAUCGCCUACUGCCGCCACCGUGGCAGAAGAGAUGACGUCUUCACGGAACCACGCGGUCAUGGCAUGGUUGCGGGCGACCAACGGAGCGGAAACGACGGCGACAACGGCGGCGGCAACGGCGGCGGCCACGGCGGGUGCUGCUGGUGCGUCCAACAGGAAGGCGGACGAGGAACCACGGUCCGCUUCGCCGUCGCCUGGAAGUGACCUUCGCUCCGGGGGACAGGCCGCACCCUGGACAAAACACGCGGACGCCACCGCACCUGUGAACGACUCGAUGUCGCCGCCGCCCUUGCCGCAAUCGCAGUCAGCAGAGCCCCAAGACGAAGCUGCCAAGAGUCCUCACGCCCCGGUGCCCGGUCCUCACGACGAAAAGGCGACGUUCGGGGGCAAUGCCCACGGACGUCGAUUCCAGGGAGAUGAUAUCUUGGCUCGAGGAACAGCUACGCCAGCCUUGCCACAUCUGAAUGGAUUACCUUCCGUGUGGGCUGAGCUCCCACUGAAUAUUCCAUCCUCUAAAACAGACCAAGCGCAGAGCCUCGGCAGAAAGUUACAGUGCCCAGACUUGGCGAAGGGGCCUCCGCUCACCUUGCCACUGCUGCCUGUGAGCACCCAGCCCAAAGCAGACAGCGGCUCGAACUGUCUGCCCUCCAAGCCUCUCUUCGCUCCAUCCCCACCCCCUGUCUCUUCGCCAAAUGCGACGUCCGCCGCAGCCUCCAAAGGCCACGAAGCGUCACCCAGAGCUUUCUUCAGCCACUCUCCACUCGGGCCUCCCCCAUCAAAGUACGACUUGCUGCUCUGGGGUCUGGAGAAUCCUUCUUCGGUAAUCCCACCUCUUCCACCUCAGCCUCCCUCGUCUUCCUUCCAGCCAUCUUGGUUGUUGGAUGCCAACAAGUCUCCCUUGGUACCGGCAAAGGAGCUGGCGUCGACUGGGGUAGCGGCGCAGCCUCAUUCGCCUUUGGGUUUGGCGGCUCUGCAGUCGCCGGUGACUUCUCACGCAGCUCCGACAACGCCAUCGCUCUCCAAGUCUUUAUUCUAUCAGUCGCCACUGCUCUCGCCGCUGUCUCCGAUCCCUUCCACGCAGUCUCCCAGUGUCAUCCUUGGGCUGUCGCAGGUGUCCUUGAUAUCUCCCAAGUCUUUUGCAGACCAAGCCUCCCCACGGUCUCUGCAGUCGCCCAUUGGGAAUCUGGAGCAGCCUCGGAUGACCGCGGCUUCACCAGCCGCUACCAAACCCCAGCUCGGCACCGUAUCACCGUCGGCUUAUUUUAUGCCAUCCUCCAGGCCAAUUCCAUCCCCGAGGACUCAGCUGUCUCCUGGUUUGGUGUCAGGUUUACCCCAGGUUCCCAUCGUCACCCCAAGGUCAUUCAUGCAGAGAGCUGGUGUGUCGUGGGAGCAGCCCAGCAACACCCAGAAAACCGUGACAGCCACCGAAAAAAAUGAAAAGCCAGAGUCUGAGAUGACGCACGCGAAGGACAUUUCGGCCGGUGAUGCAGGCGGCGUUUUCCGUUCGACGGCAGCCGAGGAAAAGGACACCAUCGACCGGCACCGGCUGGAAGCGGAGCUGAGCUGGGCACGGUUCGGCAUUGGUGGGCAGGAGAGGCGACAGUCUCCCACCGCGUCCGACUCGAGUGGUACAAUCUCCACACCCGAGUCGGCGCGUGCCCGCUCGCCCGCGCCAAGAACAGAGCCAGGCGCUGGGAGUGGCACCGUGGAGCCCAGACCAGAAAACCAGAUGUCGACCCCCGCACGCCCAGUGGUCAAGUCGGCCGCGGCGAGCAAAGCCGAGUGGCUGAACACACCGAGUAGUUUACCUGCGAGCGAUUCACUUUCUACCGCCUUGUCACGGAACCAUGUCGCCAAAACUGUGGGCAACGGGGAGGAGCUCAACCACGUCGAUAUCCUGCACCCCGAGGACGUGAGCGUGUGUUUGGUGGAAGACGUCCACCCCGGGGCCGAGGGGGAAGACGACCCGAACACAUCCACGUCCCUCUUGCUGACUCCGCCCUCAAGUCCUCCGCCGCCCCCGCCUCCCAACGAGGAGCCGGCGUCGCUCUUUGUGUACCGGCCUCACACGACGCCACCGCGGGCACGCCCGCUCUCCCUGGACGCACACCUCACCCCCAAGAGGUCCGCACCUUCGCGUCUCCAGGACACCCUGCGGCAGAAGUCCCUGGAGGAGAGUAUCGACGAGAUCCCCUUCGCGGACGAGGAGGAGGAUGGCGACGACGACGACGAGGGCGGUUCCUGCGCAGACUUCCGGUCGCCGGCCUCAAGCGUGUUUUUGGACGAGUCGUUCCAUACGCCGCCCACAAGCCGCCCGGCAGGCAGGACGAGGCCCGUGUUCGACCGUGACAGCAGCUCGCGCAAGACCACACCCUGCUCCAAGAUCUCUCCUGAGGCCAAGGAGGUGGCAGAGAGCAGGCUGCGGGAGCGCGAGCAGGUGGUGAAGAGCAACGUGCUGCGUGACGCGAUGGCGCAGCAACGUGAGAAGCUCAAGGGCCGGCUCGCAGGAGAGACCUCGUUCUUCAGCAGCCCCGCAUACGCCCCCCACGGCAAGAAGCCCUCGACGUCGGCGGUGGCGGAGGCGGCGACGAAACCGCCAUCCCUUUUGCCGAGCGACCGCCACGUGGACAGCGAGCCGGCGCGACGAAAGCACGAGUCGGCGAAGGGCUCCAAGUCCGUGAAGCUUGUUGACGGCGACGCUCUGAAGGAAGAGUCUCAGGUGGACGAUCUGCCCCCGAGGUCCAAGAAGAAAAUCCCAGCGAAGGACCUGAGCAGCGAGACGUCGCACACGUCUAGCGAGGACGUGCCGGGCAAGAGCAAGAAGCGCGCCUCGCUUUUCUCGCCGAGGAAAAACAAGAAGGACAAGGCGGCCAAGAUGGAGAGCCAGCGCGCGGCGGACGCGGCCGCCCUUGCGAACGAGAGCAACGCGAGCAUCGCGAAAUCUCGCUCGCCGCUCUGGAAGGUGUUCUCGCACGGAUACAGGAAGGAGCGCAGGAAGGAGAAGGAGCUGGAGGAGAGGACGAGGUCGAGCACCACGUCCAGCGUGGGCACGGUGGACUCAGCCACGGAGCAGCCAAUCAUCACAGCCACCCCCAAGCCAAUGGCGCUGCACCCUGUGCUGGCCAUGCGGAGGCAAGCCAGCCAGACAGAGGACGACUCGGAGCUGUCGAGCGAAGAGGUGCUCAACGACCCAUCCUGCCAGCGUGGGCGACGGCGCGAGACCCGCGAUAUUUUUGACCGCGUUCAGCCCCUGCUAAGAGAAGGGCAGUUACAGUUCACUUAUGUUCCGCAUGCCUUGGCCUUCAAGAGCUCGUUUGUGCUCAAGAAGCCGUACACGGAGGAGGAGCUGAAUGAGAAGCUGACGCGCAGGGUGCAACGUGCGGCGCGCAAGCAGGCCAAGCAGGAGGAACUCAAACGGCUGCACCGUGCACAGAUCAUCCAGCGGCAGCUGGAGGAGGUAGAGGAGAAGCAGCGAGCCCUGGAGGAGCGAGGCGUGGCCGUGGAGAAGGCCCUGCGUGGGGAGGCAGACUACUGGGGAGACACUAAUAACACUGUAGAUAUCUACGGAUUACAGCUGGUUGUCGAGUCAAUAGCUGGACCCCCACAACGGCGCGCUCUUUCCUUCUGUCCUUGCUGUUCUCCGAAACGAGGAGGACUCGGGAAGAAAGACGACCCGCGCCUCAUGCAGGAGUGGUUCAAGCUGGUGCAGGAGAAGAACACCAUGGUUCGCUACGAGUCCGAGCUCAUGAUCUUUGCCAGAGAGCUGGAGCUUGAGGAUCGACAGAGUCGCUUGCAGCAGGACCUGCGUGAACGGAUGGCUGUCGACGACGCGCAGAAGAGCGAGGCGGAGCUGUCGGAGGAGAAGCGGAUCCUGAGCGAGAUGCUGGACGUGGUGGAGCAGCGCGACUCGCUCGUGGCGCUGCUGGAGGAGCAACGACUGCGCGAGCGCGAGGAGGACCGUGACAUCGAGGCCAUCAUGCUGUCACGUGGCUACACCUUCAACUGGACGUGAGCGCCGCUGGCCCCCUCCGCUCCCGGCCGCUGCAUUGAGGGUGGUUCUUUGCCGGCUGAAUGUCGAGUGCGGGCCUCGCCGCAGCGCUUGAGGAAAGAAGGAGGGGGAGUGUAGCUCGUAGGCUGCUGGCCCAACGGCCUAACAGUGCCAGCCCUCCUGCACUACAGUACGUCUUCCCGUCUCCUUCCUCUCUUGUUUAUUUAACAAAUUCUUAAAUUUCCUCCUGUCUUGAUUUUUGCGGUCAUCUUUUUUGUUAUCGUGCAGGGUAGCUUCACUGAGCUGUGAGCAGCUCGUUUUGUAAGUAGGCCCAUGCUUCCUUUCAACUGGGCACUCGUGCUAAAGAAGCUUUUCCACGGUAAUACCGGCACGCGACGAUGGGCCUGCUCCUCCGAACAAUGUCACAGGGGUCAGCAAAAUGGAAACAGGCAUGGGGGCAUGCCCCCGCAUUCGGCACACCGGCGUUUUUUUCGCCGAGGUGAACCUCCUGCCUCUUGCCGUCCACCAGUGACGCCUGCUGCCAUAUUAAAUGCGGCACCCCAAAUUCCUGAAUUGCUGCAGACGUCGCUCAACGACGGCGUGAUCCUGCGAAGUGAACAUCUCAUCGCUGCAAUGUACGCUUCGUGCUCGGAAUUCGUCGGAGCUGAACGUUCGAGAAAAAAAGGCGCCCUCCCCAAGCUUUUGGCUGUCUUAACGCAUCAUUCCCACUUGGUUGUCUGAAAAAGCCAUAACACCGCAUCCGCGACUGCUUUGCGGUCAUCAGCGCCGGUUGCAGCUUUGAUAGCCCCAGGUGGCACAGGGUGGACUAAGUGUUGUGGAGUGCGCUCUCUCACUUUUUAAUAGAGUGGGAAUUUGUACAUUCUUUGGGAGAUUUUUUUUUUGUUCCAGCCAACUACAGGCUGAUGUUAGGUUUUUAAGGCAGGUCACUUUCAUCAUCAUCAUCAUCGAAACUUCAAAAGGGUGUAUGUAAUGUUUUUGUUACGUGUUUCAUGUUUAGAUUUUAUAAACUGAGUUAUGCAUAUUUCACCCACUGCCAUUUUCUUGUUGAUUUUUCUCUCACUAAAUUUGUAUGAACUUUUCAAAAAGUAUUAUUUAAAAAUUCACUGAAACCCAACACCUCUGUUUAAGAAUCAGAAGGAAACCAUUACAUCUCAAGACCCCAAGCCAUCAUAUGAGCACAUAAAUUCUGACACCAGCUUCUGAUGACUCCUAUUUGUUGAUCAUUUACACUGGCAUCAUUGACUUGUGUUUAACGCAGUUAUGCUCAUCAGAUAUUUCUCCAGGACGUAACUCUUGUCGGGUCUGUGACCCAUCGAUCCCAGCAUUGCUUCAAACCACAUGGUUCUGAGUCUGACUUACCCUUGACAGCACUUAAGAAUUCGGUGGAUUUAUUUGCCUUGCCUGGAGGAAUGUCCGUACGCAGUUCAUAGGUCACAUCUCACUCCUCCACUCCACCUGCGCGCCGAACAAAUGUAUCCUUCGUGGAAACACCUGAACACUUUCCGCAUUCACUCCGUGCACGAUCAACACGUGUGAGUGGUAACUGGAAGAGCUCAAAAGGAAACAUUCUGCACUGGGAGGAUCUGCCGUAAAGAUACUGUUCGUCAGAUUCUCAAAUGUGUAAGGAUCGUCAUGUUCUGUUGACAACGAACACGGCCAAGGUUACCUAGAGGCGGCGUUGUCCAUGCAAGAAAGCGUGUGUAUCCAUAUAUACACUAUAUAAUGACACCGUUGUAUAUAUAUUUACACAAACUAUAUGUUCACUUUAUGUUGUUAAUAAAUAUAAACUGUGUGUGUGUGCGCGCGAGUGCGAGGUGGAGUGUACAUACUAAACACAGUUGGCAAGUUGUCCCACAAGUAUGCAUGUGUAGGCUUCACGUGUGUGUAUUUUAACAGGGCUUUUAAUGAGCCGUGUGCGUUAAUAAGGAUCAAGGACUGAACUAAAAAAGUAAAAAUGUGCAUUCCCUGCUUCCUGCGCAUUAACUUAUCAAAAUGCUGCAAUGCUGUAUGCAAUACUUUAUAAUGUACGUCGAUUUUAGCUGUGAGGAAGGUCAAUUUUACAACCUUAUCUUUUUUUCUUAAAAUGAUGUAACUUAUCAUUUUGAUACACUGUUACCCACCGGUUUACAUAACUGAAAAGAAAAAAAUAACUUUUCUUAAAAAAAAAUCACAAAGUACCAUCACUGAUUUAUGUGCAUUUACCAUAACAUAAAAUACAGCACAUACAAAAUACCCUGAGAGUGAAUGGUUAAUUGCACAGAGGUUGAAUGUGCAGUUGCAAUCUUAGUCUUUUUCUGUCACACAAACUGACAUUGAUGUGUUGCUACAGGUCAAGUGAUGCAGCAGUCUCUCCGUGUUGAAGUUAGCUUUGGUAAUUCAGCACCAACCAUUUGAUUAUCACAAUUGCUACAUUCUCAUUCACCCACCUCGGUUAACACUAAUGCUCUCCCGAUGUUUAAAAUUCAACAGUUCGCAUUCACAACGCUUUACCUGCUAUUAUCUGCUAAUCGCAAUGUUAAUACAUUGCGAAGUUGACGUACGCAGUUAAAGUUGCAUUUGAUAUUGUUAUUCAUACUCUCUUGUUAUUGUUGCACUGUUGUAGGAUAAGCCACGCGUGCGUGUCGCUGUUGUAUACAAGGUCGUAUGUUUUGACUCGUGUGAAUGUAAAUGACGCUCACUCUGACCGGACACGGCACACCGUGACGGUGAGGUGUAGCCCGGUGCUGGGGUCUUGGUGGCCCUCGGUGCGACACUGGGCCGUGACGACACAGUGGCGGUCGGGGGUUAUUUAUUUGUUGCACAUUGCGUGGCGUCAGGAAUCUUAAGUGGGGUCCAUUUUGCCAUUGAACCCUAUGGGGUUUCCCAUUUGUUCGCUCAUAAGUGUUCUUACUGCAAGCUCACACACCUGUUUAAAAUUAGGCUUUUUUUUUGUUAAAGUCACUCCAAUAAAACUGGUAGUUAAUGUA